AUGGCCGUUUCCACCCGCCGCCGCCGCAAACAAGAGGCUGCGUCCAACAAUACCCAAUUGGAGUCUUCCCCUGAACCCGACGCAGUCCCCUCGGCUGUCAUUACACCCGAGAAGGAGAAGCAGCGAAAGAGGAAGAAGACACUGAAGAAAACACCAGCACCCACUAUUGUCGUUGCCGACAAUGGCAGUGAAGAAGGUAGUGUCGCAACAGACAACAACAAUAUUAUCAAGCCCACUCCGUUGGAUGUUCUCUUUGGAUGUGGUCACAAGGCGAACGAUUUGCGCAAGAUCUCGUUGUACCCCAAGUUAUUGGACGAUCACGUGAUGGAUUACCGUGCCAUUCCUCCCACCAACACCAAGGCCAAACGCGAUUACAUCAAGAAUCACUUUAUCGAACGCAUCCGCCACGAAGGGGGUCGCUUUCUCAUGAUUGAACCUCGCGAAUUGAUUGACAACAAGGACAGUGACAGUGACGAUGAUAACGAGUACAAGGUGGACAACAAGGAUCCAUUGGACUAUAACUACCGUGAACUGUUGCCUUGCGACAAGAAGAAUUUUGUGGAAAUUCAACGCAAAAUCCAGCAAGCACUGCGAGAUCGGAUGAAGCGCAUGACCAAGCAGGGACUGUUGGAGCCUCGCACUAAACCGGGCAAUCUGAAGAAGGCCCAAGGCGAGCCCCGUGUGUCUGUCACCUUGGCGACUCUCUAUGAACAAGAAGCAGCAGCAGUAGCGACAGAACCACUCAAGGCCAAGAGGGUAGUCACUCUGGGUGGUGAUGAGGAGGAGGAGGACCAAGACAUGACCACUACUAUGAGCAAGGAGCAGCAGCAAGACGAAGAAGCGACCAUGGAACAGACCAUGAAACCUCAAGACGAAGAAAAGGCGGAACUUCAAGACAGUGUCCUCCUUCGAGAUGCCAUGGCCAGUUCCAUGAAUGCUUUUCAUGGGUACAUGGAGCUGCUCAAGGACGGGGCGGCGCUGGAUGGACCUGUUGUUAGAGACUAUUUGGGCACGAUGACGGACCACUCUAACAACGACGCCAACAGCAAGCAAGAUGCUUCCUGGGAAGACGACGUCGUGGAAGCCGCAUCCAACUUGGACAAUGCCAUGAUGGGACUGAUCCAUCAUCCUGUGGAUGAUGAUGACAGCAACAGCAACAAGACACCCAGCAGCAGUCGAUCUGGCUCUCCCGUCUGGUUUGGCAACAACAAGGGUUCUACAACCAGACCAGACUCUCCUCCUCUUUGGUUCGUCGGCGGCAAGGGCAGCAGCAACCACCACAUUCCUCCGGAUUCUCCCACUCCAUUGGGGUCUUUGUUGGCCACUUCUUCUUCCGGCAACAACGGAACUCCGCGACCCGAAUCUCCCGCCUUUGGGUUUGGCAAAUUCGAGGCCAUUCCGGAUUCCCUCUUGCCCAUGACGGAGGAGUUCGAGUUGAACUACGGACCGGGGCUUCCCGUCGGCCAGGACUCGGAAGAAGAAGAAGACCCGGACGAAGAAGAAAUGUUCUUGGAAUUGCUGCGCGAGGAUGGAGCUCAUUUUGGAUUCAGUGGUAUGAUGUCGUAA